AUGGCCACGGAGGUGAGGUCUCUGGAUGAACAGCCACUGAGUCCAAAGGCUGAGCUGAACCUCGAGAAGAAGCCAAGGCACUGGCCACAGAGCCUAGGGGACAGUGGGCCACAGAAAGAGUYGGUGGUCCCAGGCAUUGUGGAUUUGGAGCUGACCCGAGAGAAGAUGAGGAGCCCCAAGGCCAUGUCCUCUGGCACCUACCGCUUUGGUCGGCUCAGCCACCACUCCUUCUUCUCCCGCCACCACCCCCACCCCCAUCACGUGACCCACAUCCCAGAUUUCACGGGGAGGCCUGUCUGUAUCGUCAGGAACAAGCUCUCUGAAAGCCCUUUGCCUCGUUCCUCAAUCCUGUCCCAGUGUCUGAAGGUGAUGCCCAGCAUCUCUGUCCCCAUUGGGGACCCACAGUCCAAUCGGAACCCCCAGCUUUCUUAUGAGGCCUGGAAGAAGGAGCUGAAGGAGCUGACUUCAAGGGUGGUCAUGUUCACCAAGGAGACAGAGCAGAACAACAAAGAGCAGAAAGAGGAGCCUUCGAAGGAGCAGGGAGCAAGGUACUCAGCGGAGACGGGUAGGCUCAUCCCGGCUUCCGCCCAAGCUCUCAACCGCCAUGGCUCCCAGCGGAGCCACCUUCCCAGCAGAGAUAGAGGCGUCCAGACCUCUGUCUUGCAGAACCAGGAGCUGCUGAUCCUGGAGCUCCUUUGUCAGAUCCUUCAGACGGAUUCGCUGAGUGCCGUCCAGUACUGGCUGCUGUAUGCCACCCCCACGGAGAAGGACCUUGCUCUGGCGCUCCUGCAGAGGGCGGUGUCUCAGCUUCUCCCUCAGCCCUCAGCCUCCYCUCCAGCAGAAAGACUCUUGAACCAGCCUCAGCAAAUUCAAGAAGCACCUCAAGAGAAGCCGCACUCCCCCUCCAGAACUGCUUCCUCAGGCUCAGCAGCUGGCCUCCGGGGUGAGGCCUGCAGGGCCCAGAGACGGGAGCUUGGCGUUGGCCAGCGCCUGGGCUGA